UUAUCCCGAAGAAUCAUAUCUUGAGUUGAGAUCAUACUAUCCAUACACCUCAGACUGAGCCCUGCCGAAAGCAAAAAUGGCUAUUCUGAUACUUUUCUUCUGCUUCGUUACUUUCCUUGUGUUUAUGGUUAAGCUAAGAGGAAGAAACAAGUUAAAUCUGCCUCCAUCGCCACCCAAGUUUCCCAUAAUUGGGAACCUCCAUCAACUAGGAACACUCCCACACCGCUCCUUCCACGCACUCGCAAACAAAUAUGGCCCUCUUAUGAUGCUUCAACUUGGCCAAGUUCCAACCCUAGUGGUCUCAUCAGCUGACGUGGCCAAAGAAAUAGUGAGAACGCACGAUGUUGUUUUCUCCAACCGCCCACAACGUACGGCUCCUAAGAUCUUUCUUUACGGAUGCAACGAUGUGGGGUUUGCGCCCUACGGCGAAGAGUGGCGACAGAAGAAGAAGACCUGCGUGGUUGAGCUUUUCAGCGCCAAAAAGGUGCGCUCCUUUGGUUCCGUGAGGCAAGAGGUUGUUGCGGAGUUGGUGGAAGGCAUACGCGAAGCGUGUGGCGGUGAAAAGGCGCGUGUGAAUCUGAGUGAGAUGCUGAUUGCGACUGCAAACAACAUCGUGUCUAGAUGCGUACUUGGAGUGAAGUGUGAUGAUGCAAAGGGUGGUUCCUUUGGAGUGCUUGGGAGAAAGGUUGUGGGCCACUUCUCCGCUUUCAGCGUCGGUGAUUUCUUCCCCUCGUUGGCUUGGGUUGAUUCUCUCACUGGCCUGCUUCCGGAAAUGAAGGCCACCUUUGCUGAAAUAGAUGCUUUCUUUGAAGAGUUGAUUAACGAAUACGAGAGCACAAAAACCAAUAACGAUGAGUCCGAUGCUAUGGACUUUGUGCGGACACUGCUUCACCUUCAAGAGAGUGGAAGGCUUGAUUUCCAGCUCAACCGAGAUACCCUCAAAGCAAUCCUAGUGGACAUGAUAAUUGGUGGAAGUGAUACUACUUCAACAACUUUGGAAUGGGCUUUUGCAGAGCUCCUUAAGAAUCCAAAUACCAUGAAGAAAGCUCAAGAAGAGGUGAGAAGAGUUGUGGGAAUCAAUUCCAUAGUGGAUGAAAAUUGUGUGAAUCAAAUGAACUACUUAAAAUGUGUAGUCAAAGAAACUAUGAGAUUACAUCCACCUGUUCCAUUUUUGGUUGCUCGAAAGUCAUCAUCUAGUGUGAAAUUAAAAGGAUAUGAUAUUCCCUCCAAAACAAUGGUAUUUAUCAACACAUGGGCAAUCCAUAGGGAUCUUGAACAAUGGGACAACCCUGAAGAAUUCAUUCCUGAAAGAUUUGAAAUUAGCCAAGUUGAUCUAAAAGGACAAGAUUUUCAAUUCAUCCCGUUUGGUAGUGGGAGAAGGAUAUGUCCAGCAAUUUCAUUUGGACUAGCUUCAAUUGAGUAUGUUCUUGCUAAUCUUCUAUAUUGGUUCCAGUGGAAGAUGCCCGAUAUUGGUAUAUUGAUGCAAAAUAUUGACAUGACUGAGGUGAAUGGAAUCACUGUUAGGAAGAAAGUACCGCUUCAUCUUGAACCAAAAACAUAUGACAUGAUUAUGUGAUGUUAUUUGCUAAUAUCGAACAUGGUUUACUCAUGCUAGAUUGAUAUGAUACAACAAUAACACAUUGUAUAACUUGAGUACAAUGUCAAAUGAUUGUCAAUUUCACCUAGUAGGAUAAGGAUUUUGUUGUUGGUCUCUAGGAUAUUGUGUCACUUUCGUUCUAUUGAAUAAGUCGUCUCACUCUCAUUCUUUUAUAUCAUGUUGUGCAAGAUAUUGAUAAAAUUUGGAAUGGAGUGUAAUCUAUAAAUAAAAUGUAUGUUUUUACUA